GUCUCAUUAAAAACACACAAAUAUAAAUUUGUCAACCGGCAGAAGAAAUUACAAUGGAAAUUCUCUAUGCCUCUCUCCUUGGUUUCUUUCUUCUUGUCAUCUACUUCUACUACAACCACAAGUCGGGUGGAAAUGCAAACCUUCGGCCACCUGGGAAAACCGGAUUUCCGGCGAUCGGGGAAACCCUUGAGUUCCUCUCUGCCGGGUGGAAAGGACACCCUGAGAGAUUCAUAUUCGAUCGCAUAGCCAAGUACUCCUCCCACGUCUUUAAAACAAGCCUUCUUGGCUCCCAAGUUAUUGUUUUCUGCGGAUCAAACGGGCACCGAUUCUUAUUCUCCAACGAGAACAAGCUUGUCCAAGCAUGGUCUCCGAGUUCUAUCGACAAAAUCUUCCAACACUCUACAAAGAAAUCAACCAGUAAAGAAGCCUUGAGGCUAAAGCAAAUGUUUCCAAACCUCCUUAAACCCAUGGCGUUACAAGGCUACCUCGGUUUAAUGGAUACCGUCGCCCACCGCCACUUUGUUACUGACUGGGAAAAAAAGGACACGGUGGUUGUUUUCCCUCUUGCCCAUCACUACACUUUUUUGCUUGGCUGCCGUUUGUUUGUGAGCGUUGAGGAUCCAAAACAUGUUGCCAUACUUGAAAAGCCUUUUGGGGUUUUGGCAGCGGGGAUCGUGUCGAUGCCCAUAGACUUUCCUGGAACCGCAUUUAAUCGCGCAAUCAAGGCUUCUAAUUUAAUUCGAAAGGAACUUUUGGUGAUCAUCAAACAAAGGAAGAUAGAUUUGGUCGAGGGAAAGGCGUCGCCAACUCAGGAUAUCUUGUCGCGUAUGCUUUCGACAAGCGAUGACAAUGGCAAGUUCAUGCAUGAGGCAGAUGUUGCCGACCAGAUACUGGGUAUGAUAGUUGCUGGCCAUGACUCCUCCAGCUCCGUUUGUACGUCCAUUGUCAAGUAUCUUGCUGAGCUACCUGAUAUAUACCAAGUAGUUUAUCAAGAGCAAGUGGAGAUUGCGAAAUCAAAAGCUCCAGGUGAAUUGUUGAAUUGGGAUGACAUUCAAAAGAUGAAAUAUUCAUGGAACGUAGCAUGUGAAGUGAUGAGACUUGCACCCCCUAACCUAGGUACUUUCAGAGAAGCAAUAGCGGAUUUCACGUACGACGGUUUCUCAAUUCAGAAAGGGUCGAAGUUAUAUUGGAACCCAAACUCGACUCAUAGAAAUCACGAAUUCUUUCCCGAGCCACAAAAGUUCGAUCCAUCGCGAUUUGAAGGUUCUGGACCUGCUCCUUACACAUUUUUACCUUUCGGUGGAGGACCUAGGAUUUGCCCUGGAAAAGAAUUCGUGAGGCUGCAAAUACUCGUAUUCAUGCACCACCUAGUUAAGAGGUUUAGGUGGGAAAAAUUGAUUCCUGACGAGAAGGUUUUUUAUAUUCCCCUACCUAGUUCUGAGAAAGGUCUUCCAAUUCGCCUCUUUCCGCAUGAAGCUUAGUCUUGUUCCCAUUGAGAUUAUGGGGUGUGUUGGAAAUUUUUUUUCGAACUAAAAAUUGUCUGUGUGUGUGUUGGACAGUUGGGAAACAAUUGUGCUUAUAGAUAUGAACAUGUUGCAUGUACCUAGUGCGAUGGUGAUUCUAUUUCUUUGGUGUUUUAAUUUAAUCCUUUUUGCCUCUAGUGCUUGUUUCGUUUUGUGUUAAAUGUUGUAUCC